GGCUCCUCAUAUCGACACUGCGAUCGUGAAUAUUCUUUAUUCAAUUCAAUGACUCAAAUGAUGGAAAAUAUGGUUUAAUAUUCCUGACCAAGUAAUGCGAUUUGAAUGAGUCAGGACUCAUUUUGAAGUCUAAAAAAUUCUUCGAAAUGAAAAAAAAAUGUAAAAAUUCACUUUGACACUCUUGAGUUAUUACCGAUGGAAUCGGUGCAUGUCCCCUCCCCCGGAGUUAACGGACAUCCAUCAUUCACAACAAUAAAAUCGAAAACGUGAAAAAUUCAUGAGGAAAGUGAUAAUUCCCUCUCAAUCCUGAAUAUAAUCACGAAAAAUCCUCUCCUGUCCCUCCCAAUUAUUUUUCUCACUGGGAGCUCUUCCAGAAGUUUAUUUCGCCCCAAAAAUAUGUGAUGAAUACGUGAAACGGAGCGAGAAGAGUGCAGGGAAGUAUAACCUACCUCAACAAUUCUGGAAGCAAUAACGAAACCUCGGAGCAAGAGCAGAUGAGAGGCGGAAACCCGGGAAAAAUGAGCAUGGAGUGUCCAAAUUGUGGAAAACAAACAAAUUUCUCGGAUUGUCGAUUGAUCCAGGACAGUUGUGGUCAUGAGAAAUGUCGAAUGUGCCUAUUGUACGAGGAGGAGGGCUGCAAGACCUGCAAUGACCUUCUGAGGAUCAUACCCACGUUUCCACCAGCUUCCCAAUGGAACCAAUUCCACGGAUGUCUUCCAGAUGCAGAGGAGCAGCAGCCCCUGGACACCAUCCCCUUCCCCCCAAAGCCCCCGGACCGAAACCACAUAGUGACCCUGCCAGGGCGCCCCGAGCGUUACAAAUGCACCAUCUGCCAGAAGACCUUCCGCAACCAAAAGGGCAAGUGCUACCACGACGUCUGCCGCACCGGUGUGUCCCCGUACCGCUGCACCCUCUGCGCCAAGACCUUCGCCAAGAAAUCCCACUUCGAGUACCACGAGAGGACGCACACAGGCUACAAGCCCUUCUCCUGCAGCAUCUGCUCGAAGGCCUUCCCCCAGCGGAACAAAUUGAACCGGCACAUGCUGUCCCACGAUCCCGAGAAGAAGUACCUCUGCUCAUUCUGCGGCAAGAGGUACAGCAAAAAGGACGACCUGACGACCCACAGCAUGAUCCACACUGGAGCGAAGCCCCACUCGUGCCCCACGUGUGGCAAAACCUUCAGAAUUCGAACGAGUUUGAAUCGCCACAUGAGGAGUCACUCGUCGGAGCGCCCGUGGGCCUGCGACGUGUGCGAGAAGAGUUUCAAGGACAAGGCGCUGCUGGUGAGGCACAGGAAGACGCACGGGAAGGAGAGGCCGUACUGCUGCGCCCACUGCUCGAGGGUCUUCCUGUCGAAGAGUGAGCUGAGAAGACACAUAUCGAGUCACUCGGACGCCAAGCCCUUCGCCUGCCGCCUCUGCAAGACUGUCUUCAGGCGAAAGGACAAUUUAAUUCGACACAUACGUCAUCACCACAUGGGGGAGAGCCCGGAGGGGGAGGGCAGCUCCCCGGGGGCUCGAAGAAAGACCGAGGGGAGGAGGAAGGACGUGGAGAGGAGGCAGGGUAAGGUGAGGAGAGGGAAGAGGGGGGCUGAGGGCCAGGGGAUGGCCUCCAGUGACGAAAGAAUCCAGGUAAACUCCAGGACUGAGGCCAGGGGAGUCAGCACACCUGUCAUUCGUGCCCCUGGGGAGUCCAGCAAUGCUGUGCCAGUGAUCAAUGGCCCCAUCAGCAUUCCGAAGCCCUGGGACCAGCCUGUGGCGAAUCAAACCGUGCUGACGUACACUGUGCCCAUCCCCAGUGAGGAGGCUGUCGUCAUCAAUCAGAGGAUCGAGGAGAGGCUCUAUCAGCAGGGCUCGGAGGCCAGCAGUGUCUACUUCUACAGGGAACGAGCCAGUCGAGAGGCGUUUGCUCCAGGGGGGGGAUUUCCACCUCUCGGGCAGAACUCGGCGGUCAGGGCCGUUCCUGGGGGCAGGAGGGUCUCGGGGGACUCCAGCUUUUCACCGCCGAUGAGCGGGCAGUUGACUGAGCUGAGGAGCGCCGCGGCUGCCGGACUGAGGGAGGGGGGCAGGAGGAAGUGCACGAUUGUGGGGGAUGAGAGGGUUCAGCUUCAGCUGGGGGGCGAACAGGCGGAGGGGACCAACUGCGUCUCCACUAUUAAGGAGAACUUUGGGGGCCAGACUCGGUGGAGGAGGAGGAAUGAGAAUCUUAGGGAACAUCACAACUGAAGUUUUGGGGAUUUUUUACUGGUGGAAAGGUUUUAAUGAGUAUAUCUCGAAAUCUGGGGGGGAUAGCGAAAUUUUUGGUAUUGGCUUUUUUGGGGGGUGAAUUGAGCGCUACAAAAAAGGUUAUUAUGAAAAUUUUGAUAUCUGCCUUUGGUUUAGAGAUAUUCAGUGAAAAAGGAACAGCGGAUUUAUUCAUUGGCAGUUGGCGAUUUCGUUGAUAUUAAUUGUCGAUGUUUUUAAUGGUAAAAUGUUAUUGCGAAUAAUUCUUCUCGUAAAGGAGUUUUUGGGUCUGUUUUCAUAAGAUUGCAAUUUUUUAUAAUUUUUCAUUUGUACCGGAAAAUAUUCUAAAAUGUUGAUAAUUAACAAUUGAUAUUGAUUUAAUCAACAGAAAAGGGAGGAUUCGUUGACUGUCUUCUAGGGGGAAUGAUUGCAGUGAAGACUAUUGAAAUUGUGAUAUGAUAAAUUUUAUUAUU